AUGUAUCUUGCUGGCACUGUCAUCUUUGGUGGAGGUCCUGUUGUCAUUCCCCUCUUACGCUCCUAUGUCGUCGAUCCCGGUUGGGUCUCUAGUAGAGACUUCCUGAUCGGCCUUGCCAUUAUUCAAGCCUUUCCCGGUCCCAACUUCAACUUCGCUGUCUUCUUGGGGGCGUUAGCACUCCAGGGCUCGCAAUUCCCGACCGUCUUCGGUGCGUUCCUCGGCGGUUUAGGAAUCUUCCUUCCGGGAAUCACGCUAGCCGUUGCAAUCCAAAGCUUCUGGCGUGUGUUGCGGAAGAAGAAGUACGUGGUCGACUUCCUCAGAGGAGUGAAUGCCACUGCAGUGGGGCUAGUAUUCACAGCUGUAUACCGGCUGUGGGAGAUUGGAUACUUGACUUCUGAAAGAAGCGACGGACAGAGUCUGGGUAAGGAACCAUGGUGGGUGGUUGUUGCGGCGGUAACAUAUUUAGGGAGUGCUUGGUUCAAUGUGCCCCCAUCCGUGGCAAUUGUAAUGGGUGCUAUCUUAGGGUUAUCCUGGUAUGGAGCAGUGGGGCGAUAG